GGCCCACCUCCACUUCUCAGCCCUGUUGUGCCCGUCUCCCACCACUUUUGCGGCUAGCAGACGUCCCUCCAAAUUGCUCCUUUCCUCGGCCGAGUCCUGUGCCACCAGCAGCUACACCAGACGCACGCCCAUCCGCCAGCAAGUUCGUGUGCAGCACCCAAACGCCGUCGCCAUGCUGGGAGCCCGUCAUCACCACUCAAACUUCAGUCGCUCCAAGUGGAAGAAGAGCAUCCUCUGGCCAUGUUGGGCCUUGCAAUGCGCCCUCCUCCUGACUCUGAUGGGGCUGUUCUCCUACAGAGUCUCCGACACCCUCACAGCGUCACGCCAAGAGAGCAAGAACCAGGACCAUAUCCCAGUCGUUGAGCUUGUCUGGGAGUCUGCAAACAUUGGCUUCUCCCUCAUCUGCCUCGUCAUCACGCUCCUGUCCGUAGCGAGGUUCGUGGCCGAGGCUCUGACACCAGCCUCGAUGCUCUUCGGCAACCUGGUCAGCCUCGUGUUCUCUGCAGCCAUACUCGCCCUCGAUAUUGUCAUCCACGUCCAGGGUACCGAUCACCGCUACUCGCUGAUCGGGCUUGUCCUUGAUAUCGUCCUUGGCGUUUCCACCCUCAUCCUGUCAAUCUACUCGAUCAUUGUGUACCGCCGCGUCAGCAAGUAUGACGACUACCAGCUUCCAUACAAUGUCCACAACUACGGCUACGACAACCGAGACGACACAUCGUACAUGGCCCACGUGACGGCGGCGCCCACAACACAACCAUACGAUCCGACUGACCCUGGUGGUGGCGGCGGUGGCGGUCGAGUUCGCUCCCUGUCCGCGCUAUCAGCCAGCUCGAGACGUCUCUCCAUUGGUUUACGCAGGGAAUCCGCGUCCUCCGUGCAGCUGCAACCCGUUCAAGACGACGCGUCACGACGAGCAAGCUACGACCACAGGCGAGACACCCAGUUCGACGAGUACCGCGCGCGGCGGACAAGCGGAGCCAGCCUGACCAAGGAGGCAGUCGACCACGCCCUUGGCGUCGAGUUUGGCUGGAGCGACGCGGAGCGCAAGCGCGACACGGUGGUGAGCGUUGGCUCGGUCAACGCGGCAGCACAUAGCACAAACAGGCCACGCGGCAACUCCAACCCUCUAGUCAUCCAGCGACAUACGAGUUUCGAGGUCACCGUGGAGAGCAACAGUCAGAUCCCCAGCGCCAGCACCAGUGGCGGCAGCGGAAGCAGUACUCCGCAGAUUUCUCGAGCGCACAGCCUGGUCUGCGUGCCCGAGCAUCCAGAAGAGGACAUUGGCGGCGCGCCUGGCGUCAGCAGGCAUCCCUCAUACACCACAAGCUACAGCUACCAACCGAGCAGGAUGAGUGAAGACCGCGAGGCUCUGCUAGAUCCGUACCCGAGGCCUGUUUCGCCCAUGAACUAGGGCCACGAACAAACACCCAGUUAGACGGUUGCUCUCAUGGAGUGGUGACAAGGCAGUCAUUGCUUUGAGUAGAGCAGAGGGGGGAGGAACCCCUUCCGUAGGGGAAUGGGGCUACAAGCAGCAACCUUCUAGCUAGGACGGCGGCGGUGCCCGGUGCGCAAAGUAACUCCAGCUGCGCGCGUGCAGGCGACUCUCGUUAUGAUACCCAUUUGCAUUUAGACACAGCGAGCAGAAAACCGUCACUUGAUGGCCAACCCGGCCUGAGGCACCAACCUUGUUUUUCAUAAUGUGACAUCGUGACUACUCUGGCCUCCUCAAAUGAUUAAAGUUGAACGGAGAGGAGAGCACGUUGGACGUUCGUGGUACCCCGAAUUGACGGUCCUUUGAGCUGGUUUGGAUUAUCGCUUACGACAUUCACAUGAUCAGCUGAAGCGUUUAGUUCGUGGAAUAAUUCAUCGCAUUUCUUGAGGCUAUUCUGCCGUUCACC